AUGAUCUCUGGGAUCUGGGAAAGAUUCCAGCUCCGGGAUGCCAAAGUGACGAGACGAGACGAGCAGGACUACCGACUCACCCGUCCAACCCGAUUCCGUCGCCCGUCGCCCGUCGCCCCCUUCGAGACCAUGUUCUCGAGGUUAGCAGUGCGCAGAAGGGCCCUGCCCACCCUGCGGACCUGCAACGCCACGAUCUCCAACCCCGUCCAGCGACGAACCCUCGUCCGCGCCCCCAAGCCCGGCGAUGGCCCGCUCAUGGAGCGCCGCCCGGAUCGCGAGCUCCCCAGCGUCGAGUCGCAGACCUUCCGGUGGACGCGCACGCUGCCGACCUUCGUGGUGCUGAUCGCGCUGAGCUCGCUGGCCAUCUUCAACUACCAGAAGAUGUCGUCGCCCGUGGUGGCGUCGACGCUGUACGCGCUGCGCACGUCGGCCGCCGCCCGCGCCUACCUGGGCGACGAGAUCUACUUCGCCCAGCAGAUCCCCUGGAUCUCGGGCACCAUGAACCAGCUGCGGGGCCGCAUCGACAUCACCUUCCGCGUCCGCGGCUCCCGCGCCGAGGGCACCAUGCGCUUCGUCAGCUUCCGCCCCGGCCCCCGCGCCAUGUUCGAGACCACCGAGUGGAGCCUCCAGACCGCCGACGGCAAGACCAUCGACCUGCUCGACGCCGAGGGCGGCGACCCCUUCCGGGGCAUCGAGGGCGGUGCGUUUGAUGACGACGACGAGGCACAGAAGGGACGUGGCUUCAGGACCGAGAUCCGCUAA